UUCUUAUACUAAUUUCAAUCUUUCUUUUGUAAUCUGUGGAGUAUUCAACAAGACAAAGAUGUCGAUUUCUGGUAGUUUGGCUGAUGGAUUGGAGGCGAAAAACCGCGAAAAAAUCAUCAUAGAUACUGAUCCUGGCAUUGAUGAUAGCAUGGCGAUAUUAAUGGCAUUCCAGACACCAGAAGUUGAGAUAUUAGGCUUAACAACCAUAUUUGGAAAUGCUACUACAAAAGCUGCUACGCGAAAUGCAUUAAUUUUGUGUGAGACUGCAGGAUAUCCAGAUAUCCCAGUGGCAGAAGGUAGCCUUGAAACUUUGAAGAGAGGGGAGCCACAUAUUGCAGACUUUGUUCAUGGUUCAGAUGGAUUAGGCAACUUAUUCUUACCUUCUCCAAAUUCUAAGAAAAUCGAGAAAUCUGCAUCUGAGUUUCUGGUGGAUAAAGUAUCCGAAUAUCCUGGUGAAGUAUCUAUACUUGCACUCGGACCAUUGACAAAUCUAGCUUUGGCUGUUAAACGAGACUCAAACUUUGCAAGUAAGGUGAAGAGAGUGGUAAUACUUGGCGGUUCCUUCUUUGCUUUGGGAAAUGCUAAUCCUGCUGCAGAAGCAAAUAUAUAUGGAGAUCCAGAGGCUGCAGACAUUGUAUUCACCUCAGGAGCAAAUAUUGAUGUUGUUGGCAUCAACAUUACCACACAAGUUAAAAUGACAGAUGCUGACCUUGAUGAACUAAGACAAUCUGAAGGAAAACAUGCUAAACUUUUGUGCAAUAUGUGCAAAUUUUAUCGCGAUUUUCAUGUAAAGUCAGAAGGCGUAUAUGGAGUUUUUCCUCAUGAUCCUGUCACUUUUGUGGCACUAGUUCGUCCUGACCUCUUCACGUACAAAAAAGGCGUUGUGAGGGUUGAGACACAGGGCAUUUGCGUUGGGCAUACGCUCUUGGAUCAAGGGCUAAAGAAAUGGAAUACGAGCAAUCCGUGGACAGAGUUUUCUCCAGUUUCAGUUGCAUGGACAGUUGAUGUGGAUGAAGUUCUGAAUUAUAUCAAGAAAAUGUUGAUGCAACCAUGAAUGUUUUCAU